GACUAUCUUUCUCUCUGGUUCUGGUUCUCCGCUCCGGCUGGCAUUUGGCGCGCGACCGCCGAUCUGACGCAUUGCAAGCGGCUCCUCGAGGCUGGUGCUCUGCAGGUUGCCUAGCGAAAUCGGAAUCUGCUCGUUCUCAGAGUGCACUUUUUAUGGCAAGCAAGCCACGAGGAUGCUGUCCCAUUGUCUCGGCGGAGUGAGUCACUCGAGAUGAUUUAAUGAGAACCUGCACCUCUCGCGUCUGCCAGGAGAACAAAGCGCGCCAGCUUCACUUUCUGCUCGGCUGAUGAGUCUUGGUUAAAAUGCAGACGUGACUGAAGGCAAAAUGCUGAAGGCGUCGCUGCAUCUCAUUUUGGUGCUCGCCUGCUGUUGCUCGGCGGCAGCGGCCGACGACGAGGACCCCAGCGUCACCACCACCUCGACGACCAUCACGGUGCUCGCCCUCAAUCACCGGCCCUCGCCCUUUCUCACCUCCGAGAUCAACGCCCUCGCACUCCAGGCCGGCGAUGAGCAGGAUGCCACUCAGCAGGAACGGCUCACAUCCCUGCCCCAAAGCUCAAAGGCCCUUCCCCCAAGCCCUGAGAAAAAGCACCGUCCUGGCACGGUGACCAAUCUGGGCGUGAUCAACCUGGACGAGGAGGUGGUCAAGCAGCUGGCUCAGCGGGGCCCAAGUAACCACAAGUCGGUCGAAGCGACCACCACCGAGGUCACUCUGGUGACCGUGAACCCGCGCCCCACCAAGAGGAUCUCGACGGCGGGCGGAAAACGAGCCACUUCGCAGCCCUUUGGAAGCGGCAUACUGAGGAACGAGCCUUGGGUGCUUCCCCUGCUGGUGCUGUCGGCCAUCGUGCUCUUCACGAUGACCACAUUCGAGGUUUUCGUCCUCUGCAGGGCCAAGAGUGCCGCCCCGUCCAGGAGACAUCUUUUUCUUGGACAGAUGCUGCUGCUCGGCGUGUUCAUGUGUGUGCUGCUGGCAGCCCUGCAGGCGCUGACCCCAAGUUUCGUGACCUGUGCCAUGACGCGGCUCGGGGUCGGGCUGGCCUACGCGAUCGUGUUCGCCACCCUGCUCGUGAAGAGCGUCUUCCUUAUCAGCCUGAACGGCGGCGUGUACCUGCCGGCCCCUUAUCAGGCGCUGCUGCUGCUCUUUGCCGUGCUCAUUCAGGUGGCGGUCGGUUCUCAGUGGCUGCUCAACGCACCCCCGAGGGUCUUCUCGCCGGACGAAGUGCCAAUUACCAAGCCAACCCUGGCGACCCCACGCGGAAACAGCGUCGGCUCGCGCAUCAGCACCCACCAGGUUAUCACGGCCAGCGACGUGACACCGGUCAAGGGAUCUCCUUCUCCUCUACCUGAGCCGUACGGCGUGCCAUUGUGCGCCACAGCAUACGAGGACAGUUUAGCGUCGCUCAUCUACGUCGUCUUCUUGAUGGGCUUUGUCGGGAUUCUGGCGGCAAAGUCCAGGGGAAUCCGCGAGAACUACAGAGAGUCGACGUACAUAGGGCUGUCCAUCGCUUGCUGUGCACCACUGUGGCUAGGAUGGGCCCUCGCUGGGUUAGCAUUGGCACCUAGGCACCAGGAUGCGUCAAUUGGUUUCGGCCUUUUGGCAACCGGCGUGGUGGUGUUUUCGCUAAUGUUCCUUCCACGAGGCCGUCAACUGGCCGCAAUGGGUCGCGACGGCAGGUACGCGGAGGACGGCGGCGAGGAACGCUUCAGCUCAUUGAGCCCGUCGGCCAUGGCGGGCUACUCGCCUUCGUUUUUCCACUUCAAGCCAGCUCCAGCACACACGGUUCUCACCUCCAAGAACGGUGCCGCUUACUAUCCACCUCAUUUGAUGGGAGACCGAGUUGCCCUGGUGCCAGCACCCCCUUUGCCACAGAAAAAGCAACCGCCCGCUCCAGCACCUAUGCAGAUGAUGCCCGUCGCACCCCCAAGCUACCCUCGACUCUUGCACUACUACCCUUACCUUGUGUACCCACCCAGGUAUCACCCAGGACCAGGACUUUACAUGAAGCCAGACGAUGGAAACAUGUACACAACCCUGGAGCCUACGCUUUCCAGCAAUCCAAACGUGUUCUUCCAACGGAAUGGACACUCGGGGAUGCUCUACUGAUAUAAGCAACCUUUCUCCUGGACUCUUGAAAAAGUGCUUGCGGCUCAAAGUGACUCAAUUUAGUGGAUCAAGUGUUUUUACUUUAAGUGCCAGUUUGCAAGUAACUUAAAAUGUCAAGGAGUUUGUCUACUAUGUAAGUGAAAAAUUGGCAUUAGUAGAUGUACGCGUAGAAAACUGAAACUAAUUUUAAAUCUGGCUGACUGAAGUGUGGAAAAAUCAAAAAGUGAAAUUGUAUUGAAAAUAAAGGCAGGAUUUAAACGAA